AUGGAUCUGUUUCUAAUCCUUUCAUUUCUUCUUGCCUUGGCAUCAGCUUCACUUGCAUCUCAAGGGAGGGCCCUCCUCCAGUGGAAAGUCAGCCUCCAAAGCCAUGGGUCGCUUGAAUCUUGGGACCUCGACACCAAUCCAUGCAACUGGACUGGAAUCGCAUGCAACGUCACACGUCGAGGCCGACAUGUGAUCAGGGAGAUAAAUCUGACCCAAAUAGGUCUGGUAGGAACGCUGAAUGCUCUCAACUUCUCCUCUCUGUCAUCACUAAUCAGUCUCAACCUCACAUUCAACAAGUUCUAUGGAAGCAUCCCUCCCACUAUAGCUGCUCUUUCCAAACUCACCUCCCUUGAUCUCUGCGCUAAUAACUUCACUGGGAUAAUUCCACUACAGAUCCGCUCUCUGACAAAGCUUAACUCUCUGAAUCUUAGUGUUAAUCAGAUAAGUGGUUCCAUUCCUCCUUGGCUAAGUGAUAUGACAAGGCUUAACUUCUUAUAUCUAUUUGGAACUAAUCUUUCAGGUUCUAUCCCUGAGGAAUUAGGAAGGCUUGAGAAUCUGUUGGACUUGGUAAUCUCGAACAACCAGCUAACAGGUUCCAUCCCUCCCACUCUGAAAAAUUUAACUCGGCUUCAAGAAUUAGAUUGCAAGAACAAUGAGAUAUCUGGCUCCAUCCCCUCAGAAUUAGGGAAUCUUGCAAACUUGGUUAUUUUAGAUAUGGGCAACAACAGUCUGUCAAGUUUCAUCCCUCCUAGCUUGGGAAUCUUGACCAAGCUUAAUGAGUUUAGACUUUGGGGUAAUCAUCUCUCUGGCUCCAUUCCUCCUGAAAUAGGAAAUCUGGUGGAGUUAACUUUUCUAUUACUCGAACAAAACAAUUUAACAGGUUCCAUCCCCACUAGCUUAGGAAAUUUAACCAAGCUUGAAAAUUUGUACCUUUCUGAAAAUCAGAUCUUCGGACCAAUUCCUCGUGAUAUACAAUAUCUAGAAUUUAAUAAUAUUACGAAUUUGAAAUCUCUUGACUUGGUAAACAACAAUUUUUCUGGCCAUUUACCUCAUGACAUAUGCAAAGGAGGAGUUCUAGCUCAUCUCAUUUUGAACAACAACCAUUUUGAAGGUCCAAUUCCAAAAAGCUUGAAAAAGUGUACAAGUCUAAGUAGAGUCCGACUUGAGCGGAACCAACUAUCUGGUGAUAUAUCUGAAAAUCUUGGAGUGUAUCCACAUCUGUGGUAUAUUGAUUUAAGCUUCAACAGAUUAUCUGGUAAGCUCUCACCAAAUUGGGGAGGAUGUCAUAAUUUGUCAUUUUUAGGAAUCUCCAACAACAAGGUUACUGGAAACAUACCACUAGAACUCAAAAAGUUAACUCUAUUGCAAGUACUUGAUCUUUCCUCGAACAAUCUAUUAGGAGAGAUUCCGAAGGAUUUGAGCAAAUUGACUCAUCUAUAUAACUUGAAUUUGAGCAACAAUCAACUUGUUGGAGAGCAAAUCGACUAA